UCCACGUCUUUGAUGGUCCAUUUGUUCAACACCAAAAUUGUAUUACAAAAACCAUCGAUGUAGAUACGCGCGCGUUGUACGUCAAACUUAACUACACCGAUGACUGCACAAGGCAUCUAGAGUUUGGCUGUGUUCUUUAUUGUAAGUAAAUCAAUGUAUUGCCUUUAUUACGACGUUGUUUCUUUUUUUUUUUUUUUUAGUAAAUGAUUAAAAGAAAGUAUGGCAAAACCUGAAAAAAAAGGAAGGCAAAAAAAAAUCGAUGACUGCACAAGGCAUCUAGAGUUUGGCUGUGUUCUUUAUUGUAAGUAAAUCAAUGUAUUGCCUUUAUUACGACGUUGUUUCUUUUUUUUUUUUUAGUAAAUGAUUAAAAGAAAGUAUGGCCAAACCUGAAAAAAAAGGAAUGCAACAAAAAAUGAACGAGUCGAUAGGAAGCCUUAGUCCGCGAAUAAACCACAGACAAAAAAAAGAAUUAAAUUUAAAAAUAACACUUUUCUUGAGAAGUAGUAUCCGAGAAUGCUUCAAAAAUUUCGCCAAAAAAAAAAUAAGUAGGUGAGAGCUUAAAUACGGGCGAAAAGUGAAAGAAAGGAGAAUUCAGUCCACUGCAGUUUGUCACAAUGUGGAGGUUGGGGCAAAGGCUCAACUUGUGAAUGAAGACAUGAAGUUCAUGCCAUGUGGUGUCUUACGAAACUCUCUCUCUCUCUCUCUCUCUCUCUCUCUCUCUCUCUCUCUCUCUCUCUCUCUCUCUCUCUCUCUCUCUCUCUCUCUCUCUCUCUCUCUCUUUCUCUCGCUCUAUCUCUCUGCGACAACCUUCCAAGAAAAUGAAAUAUAAAUCAGUGUAUCGUCUUUAUUUCUUUUGAAAAGUUUAAAGCUGAACAUUGUAAUUCUGCCCCGUAAAAUUUAGCAAAGAAAUUUUUGAGGUAAAGUUUCGCGCGGCCGCUUUUCUUGAGAUUGUUUUGCGGGAUAUUGUGCGGGAUAUUGUGUGGGAUAUUGUGCGGGAUAUUGUGUGGGAUAUUGUCCUGACCAUUUCAGUUAGACAGAAAAAAAUGUUUCCCUUCGAAGAUUUUGCAAGGUGACUAUCCCAUUGCUACCACAAUUUUGAUAACUUUCAUUUGUCGUGUACUCGGCUCUAACUUCAUGGUUCGUCGCUUUUCAUAUCCAUUCGGCACCUCAGAUGAAACUUUCGAUUGCUUAGCUGCGCUGUUCGGUCUCUCAAAUGGGUUGUUCUGUCCGUCAACAAAGCUCACCUGUCCCUCAUGGGCACUGUUUAAACCCUUAACUGCACUGAUUGCUCCCUUAAUUAUUCCACCCCUCGGCUGCUCUUUUCUGUUCCCCAACCACCGUCUCAACACUCAAUAUGAACUCUGUCCGAGUUCUUCAAACAACUCCUAUGUUUAUUAGUCAUCAAAUUAGUCGUCAAAUCUCUACAAACCUUCCAAUGACUAUCAGUUUCUCAUCUCUACAUUCCUCUCAGGGACCAUUAAUGUCUAAUCUCUAAAAACCUUAAAAUGGCUAUCAAUAUCGAAUCUCUACAUACCUUCCAAUGACUAUCAAUUUUACCACAACUUAGCAAGGAACAUUCUAUCCCGUCAGAUCCUUAUUUGUUUACAGUAUCAUGAAUUAUGAUCGUUACCCUAGCGCUACUAAUUUAGGUCCCCGAUUACCUUGGUCUCCAUGAAAAGUUACCAUUAAAAAGCGACCACAGUAUUUGCGGGAUCAUGCCUUACGUGUCAUUGGUUUAUAACUACUGGCAGUGUCCAGUGGAAUCUGAUAGUCCUACUAAUUGGGGAAGCCAACCAACGUCGGGUGGUCGUUGUCCUAACCUUGCAACUGGGAAUUAUCCAAACAUCUGCAUUAACAGCGUAUGUGAAUUAUCAUUUCUCUACAAUAUAUCGUGGGAAAAAAAAAACAAUAUUAAGAAUAUACUAUGUUAGCCUAAGAUGCUGUAAUAAAAUAUAUUUAUCCGUAGGUAAUACUUCAUUGUUCUUUUUUUUAAUUAUGUCAAGGAGCAAUAAACAGAAACGAACGUCAUUAUAAAAUUUAAUGUUAUUGUAUCUUUAUCUUCAUGCAGUUAAUAAUUGUCCAGGUAAGACAAAGAGGACUAUUUUUUUUUACAAUGUUGAGUUUUACUUUAGUUUCCUCACGUGACAAGUUUUCAACCACGCAGCGUUCCCAAACGUUCGCAGGCUUGAUCUUUAUAGAUUUUUUAAUGGUUUUCCUUUUUUUUUUAAAUUUAUUUUUAAAUCGAAAAAUGGAGACGCGCGGUCAUUUCAACAAAAUAAUAGAUAGGGACAGUUUAAUUUACAUAAUCCAAUAUAAUUAUAAAGUGUGUUUGUUAAAUAUCAGCGAUCAUCAACAACUAAUUAUGGGAAUAUCUGAAGAUUACAGCGCUGUGCUUUAGACACAUACAAAAAAAAAGACACCAUUGAUUUCAUUAUUUCGUGUGAAAAGGCUGUCUUCCUUUUUCUCUCGUAUCUUAUUCAUAGAUAUAAUAAUAGGAAGG